AUGCCUUUGAACUUGCUCAAGUCGUCCAGGGGUGACAAGGACAGGAAGAACAUGCGAGGCCUGCCCCUGGCAUCACCCCUCCAGGGUCCCACCCUCACCCCAUCGAGAUCAAACCCGCUAGUGCCCAUGGUCAGCUCAUCGUUGACACCAGUCUCUUCAAGAACGGGAAGUGCACCCACCCUCUCUCCGUCGUUGAGCAAGCGCUCCAGCCAGUCCCGAGUCCCCAGGGCCAACCCACCAUACACACCAUCUGGGGAACAGAAGAAGCACAUCGAUAAUCUCAGCAAAGGCCCUCUUUCAGCCACGUCCUCCAACACCCAAACCGAGUACUUUGACAUUCUCCCUUCGUUCCAGAUGUUCCAGUCGAUCUUGAGAAGAGACGAUAGCCAAUUCAACGAAAACUUGUCUGUCAAGCCACCGGUGUAUGGCGACACUCAGAACUCGUCCGCUACCCCUCCCAGUGGCUUAUCUCCUGUGACCUCCAACGAUAACGUUCUCGACGGUAUCUCUGACCGGUUGAACGAAACGGAGCUCCACAACGAUUCGGACGGGUCCCAAGAUUACGUGUUUGAUGACGAAAACGAGGGCCAUGCGGUGUCUCCCAGAAACGAACAGGCCCACAAUCAUAAUAUUGCAGUCACUGUCCAUGAAUCGGGCCACUCUCCUUUGGACAAUAUCGAUAUGUUGGCAAAAGCCCCCAAUUCUCCGAUAGACAUUAAGAUUUUUGUUACAAAAAGAGUGCCUUUGCCCAACAGCCAGAACGAGCUCGAAACUAGAUUGAAGGAAUACACCAGUGGAGAUGUGGUGAAUGGUUAUGUUGUCAUAACAAAUAAGUCAGACAAGCCAGUAGACUUUGGACUAUUUACUGUUUCUUUGGAAGGGACUAUCAAAUCCACGGACAAGAAUCUUAAUUCGGGUCCUUUGGAUGCCCACAAGUACAACAAGAUCAUCGUGAAGAAGUUCUUGAAAAUGUACGACUUGAACGCUUCUUACGGAUACACUCAGGUUCCAAGCUCCGCUGGUGUUGAAUAUGAAGCUUACACGAUAGAUCCAACGGAUGAGUGCCAAAUUGGAUUACCACCUGAAAGAAUCCUCAAACCUAAUUCCAAGUACAAGAAGUUUUUUACCUUCAAGUUUCCAAACAAAUUACUAGACAACAGUUGUUUCAAUUCAUUGUUUAGUCAUUUGGUCCCACCACCAACGUUGGGACUUGAUAGAACAUGUUUUCACAACCGUGGAGAAACUAUUCAGUUGAAUAAAGCCUUAGGGUAUGGGUUCUUGAAUAUGAGAGGCACACCAAUCUUGACCAAAGAUUACAGCUUUGAAGAUGUGAGUAUAAGUUAUACUAUUGAGGCAAAAUUCAUUGAUAAGCUCAAUGCAUCGAAUCAAAAGCAUGCAUUUUCCGAGAAUGAAAUCAAUGAUCCAAAUUCCAGCUCUGAGUAUGUUAUCUCCCAAAGUAGUAAAUACUUCUUGAGAUUCAUUCCUGAUUUGAGCGAGCAGUUAGGAUUUUUUAACGAGUGGCACCAGUAUGGGUGGGAAUCAUACACCUCUCUCGGCAUUGAUGGAAAAUUGUUUCAAGAUUAUUACUCCAAAACUACCUGGAAACAUAUAAACAAGUUAAGCCACAGGAUCGAUAGAGAAAUUGACGAACGUUUGGAUAGAGAUAAUCUCACUGUUGAAGAAUUGAAGAGUAAAAAUUUACUCAAUUGGGAUGAACAGCACUUCGAAAUUUCCGAACCAGCCAAGUUGACAGACGAGCACGAAAUUCGUUAUCACCUGGAAAACAUGAUUGGCUCAAGACCAACUACGGUGUAUGGUAAGAAGAAGAAGAAGAUUUUGUCCUCUUUGGUCAAGGUUGGUGAACUGAGGCUUUUUGUGAGGGUACCAAGUCAAGUGAUAGCUUAUGCUUCCCCCAGAUUGAUUACGAAGUACAAUAACGGGACUUUGCAGGAUAACCUUAGCCUGGUAACGUCAAACAAGAAUGAAAAUAAUAUCACUUCUGUGACAUCCAAUAGCGAUUUGUCUUUGAGGCCUGUUAGCUCAAUCGAGUCCACACAUAUCAAUGGAUUGUAUAACAGAGAUGUUCGCAAUACUGUACAAUCGGUGGAUUUGUCUCUUGUGUUCGAGUCUGAUGAAGCUGCGAACAAACCACCUCUCAUAAGCAGUAUUGAAGCCAAUCUUGUCUUAUGGUCGUACAAUACAGAAUACCCCUUGCCAUUUGAAUUAGGAUACGAUUUUUUCUACACUAAUCCUAAGGGAGACGAAGAUAAGCACGAGGAUGAUGUGUCAAUUACUAGAGAUAAUUUACAAAGAUUGAAGGACCAAGUUUUCACCUAUAUUGAAUAUCUUAGGGCUAACGAAGCUCACCUUUCCAAGGAAGCUUACUUGUAUCUCAAGGCUGUUAAGUCUUUGGGAGUCAAAAAGGAUACACUCAAAGACUACUAUAAGACUUUAACAUCACAGUCCCAUCCUCAACUUUUGAAUAAUGAAACUGGAUGGAAGGCCACCCAGAAGAAGGGAGGAUUUAGAUGGACCAAAGACUUUACAAUUCCGUUGGAUGCUAUUAAUAAGAAUAACAUCAGUUUGAUCCCAAGUUUCCAAACAUGCUUGGUGGGAAGACUUUACUAUAUCCAGGUAGUUGUGAAGUACAAGGGAGCCGGUGGAGAGCAGAACGAGUUUGCGGAUAAUGUUGUCAAGGUGGAUAUUCCUGUUUUGGUGGGUUAG